UUUUUGUUUGGUAUCAAAUAAUUUUACCAAAAAUUAUUGUAUAUAAAUAAAUAGUAUUUUUUUGAAAUUAUGAAUAAUUUACGACAGUUAAAUAAAUGCUGUACACAUUUACCCCAUCGAACAAGGUCGUAUUUGUGCUCAAGGAAUUUGAGGUCAAGAAUGAGCCGAUUCUGGGCUAUAAAUCGGGUUCACCGGAGAGACAACAAUUGGUGGACAAAUUGCAACAUUAUUACAAUACCACUACUGAGAUACCCAUCGUGAUCAAUGGCAAACGGUUCACCACCGACCAGGUGAAAUACCAGUGCUCGCCAUUUGACCAUCAGCGAAAAGUAGCCAAAUACUACCUGACCUCACCCGAGCUGUUCCGUCAGGCCAUAGAGGGCGGGCAACGGGUGCGCCGGGACUGGGAGGCGCUCAACCUGAACGACAAAAUUACCAUAUUUUUACGGGCGGCCGAUCUGAUGAGCGGCAAAUAUAAGCAGGACCUGAACGCCACCACCAUGGUGGGCCAGGGAAAGACAGUAAUACAGGCGGAGAUCGACGCCGGGUGCGAACUGCCGGACUUUCUCCGAUACAACGCUCUGUACGCCAAAGACAUGUACAAAUACCAGCCCCUGAGCCCACACCCGGACGUCACUACAAACACCUACCGGUAUAGGGGUUUGGAGGGCUUUGUGGCCGCAGUGGCGCCCUUCAACUUCACGGCCAUUGGCGGCAAUCUGGCCACCGCUCCCGUACUGAUGGGCAAUGUUAUGCUAUGGAAACCCGCGAGCACUGCCGUACUGUCCAAUUGGAUCAUUUACCAGAUAUUGGAGGAGGCCGGAGUGCCACCCGGUGCGUGUGCCCUAUGA